GUAGCGACCAGUUCAGAGAGGCAUGUGCAACGAGCGCUGAGAUGCGCUCGUUCAUGGACUAUGUCCACAGUGCUUUCUACGAGGCUACCGGGUGGAGGCGUGACAACUCGUAUGCUGCGCUGAAUUCGACAACCGACGCUCUCUUGAACUUCAGCACUCCUCGAGGUCUACGUCUCACCCUCUCAGCUCUCGCCAGCCCGAAUUUCGCUACGUCCUAUCAAUUGGGCUCAGUCGGUGUGGUUGAUGGCUCCAUCAGUUACUUAUUCUCCUCCGUUCCUCUGCGAGUACUCUUGACGCCUCAGUCUGAAAACGUCCCGCUGCCAGAUCUUCUUCGAUCCUACCGCCACUUAACGCCUGUCGCUCGACGAGAUGACGCUUCACUGAGACUCCCGGAUGACAAGGACAAGGUCAACGAGUCACUGCUAUACGGCCGGCUCUACCUCCCACAGUCGCAGCUAGAGGCCCUGUUGGUACGGCGGCUAUCUCCGGCUUUACAGGCACAAUUCAGUGCUGUGUCGGGCCAACACCUUAGAAACGGGGGCACGGCUCUGGGUUUAGUCCAAUACGAUGUUGGAAGGUAUGCGCUUGAGGGAUUGGCCUCCACAGACGGCGGAUUGUUAGGCUUCAGAGGAGUCUACAACUUCGGGGGCGACCUGAGCAGCAAGAAACACACCCAUCACCCAGCUUCGUCAUCUACUGCAGAGAAUGGAAAUGGGCAUGGCAGUGGCAACGGAGAUAAAGAGAGGAUAUAUGGGCGCUUCAGUACCGGAGGAGAAAUCUACUAUGGCACACUCAACAAGUCUGGCGGCAUAAGCAUAGGGGCGAGGUUUGCCACUUUGCCGGACCAUAAGGGGACGCCACUGUCUGCUACGCUCACGCUGAACCCGCUCAUGGGCAACAUUGCGGCGAGCUACGCGGUCAUGGCUGGAAAGGAUUGCAGUCUUGCAACAAGAAUGGAAUUCAACUUCUUUAGCUAUGAGAGCUCAUGGGCUGUGGGUAUGGAACUGUGGAGGAAGCCCUUUGCUGCUGCAGUUGCAGAAGCAGAGACUCCUUUUGCAGGCGCCGCUCCUGAGAAGAAGACGGCUCAAAAGUUGCCCUCAGUUGCCAAAGCAUCUACUAUCCAGCCUGAUGGAAAGGUGAUUGACCCGAAAAAUACGACCGGAGUUAUAUCAACGCCAGCUCCAGUACCAUCACCAGCUGAACGCAGUUUCAACGCGAAACUAGAGUGGAGGCUGGAUGAGCCAGAAAAGCCGGCGGAGAAACCGGUGGAAAAGAAGACGGGACCGAAACCAAAUGGUGGCAGUGUUCAUUCCAAGCAAAAAGCUAAGAAGACUCUCCCCAAGGCAGUGGCAGUGCAACCCGUUAAAAAGAUAGAAAAGGAAGUUCUGGAAGAAACUGAGGAGAAAGAGGAGUAUGCUGGAGUAGUGAAGGCGAGGCUAGACCAGAAUCUCCGACUUGGAGUGCUGUGGGAAGGACGCGUAAAAUCGCUACUGUUUAGUCUCGGCAGUGGGAUUGAUCUGAGGAUGAUGAACAAACCAUUCCGAACCCUUGGUCUGGAGAUUCAAUUUUCCUCGUGACGGGUUGGUGUAGCUGCGAAGUGUUAUUACCUGAUAGAUAGGAACUCCGUAUCGUACUAAUCUCGGAAGUCUCAACUCCACUUGAAAGAGAUUCAUUUAAAGAAAAAAAAAAUUCAAUACUUCAUAUAUGCUUAUCCACCGUCUUAUUUGGCC